AUGGAGAAAAUAAAAACAUCCGCGUCGUCGUCAUCUGGUGCUUUUGGUGGCAGCACCGCAGCAGUUAUCGUUUUGGGAAUGGCAGGAUCCGGCAAGAGUGCUUUUGUUCAGCGUGUGGCAGCACGUUUACGUCAACAAAACAUUGCACCAUAUCUGGUGAAUCUGGAUCCGGCUGUUACGACGAUUCCAUAUGCUGCAAAUAUUGAUAUCCGAGAUACGGUAAAGUACAAACAGGUGAUGAAGGAAUAUCACUUAGGUCCGAACGGUGCUAUAAUGACUUGCCUAAACCUUAUAUGUACUAAAUUUAAUCAGGUAGUAGAUUUCAUAAAAUCUCGGUCGGAACAGUGUCCUUACUGCUUGUUGGAUACUCCUGGUCAGAUUGAAGCCUUCACGUGGUCGGCUUCAGGAUCGAUCAUUACCGAUUUAUUAGCUUCUUCAUUUCCAACACUAAUAACAUUUAUUGUUGACUCGGUACGCGCAGCAAACCCAACAACAUUCAUGUCGAACAUGCUUUAUGCGUGCUCAAUUUUAUACCGUACAAAGCUACCGUUCAUCGUUGUUUUCAAUAAGGCGGAUAUAAUAAAGCCAACAUUUGCGAUGAAAUGGAUGAAUGAUUUCGAAAGUUUUCAAGAAGCAUUGGAUAAAAAUUCCAUUUCAUAUAUGAACGAUUUAACCAGAUCUUUAAGUCUUGUACUUGACCAGUUCUACCAAAACUUGGCUACCGUCUCAGUUUCUUCACUGACUGGUGAAGGGAUCGAUGACUUUUUGAAAUUGACUCAGGAUUGUGUCAAGCAAUAUUUCGAAGUCUAUCGUCCAAUAUAUGACCAAUUAUUGAAAGAAAAGGCUGAUUCAUUGGCGAAGGAAACAACAGAAAAUUUAGAUAAGUUAUGUACUGUGGGAAAAAAAGUUGUCGAUUUGGCAUCUGUUUUGGAAAUUGCUCCAGAAAUUGAGAAAAUGCACAUAGGAGGAGUGGAUCAAGAAAAUUCAGAAGAUGCUAUGUUAUCGCGAUAA